AUGACCACUGCGCACGGGCAGCAGCUCGCGUGUUUCCGACCGACGCGUCGGUUUCGUCUAUCGACUACGGCGUCCCGAGCGGCGCGGGCGCUGGACACCGACGAGAAGCGCAGCGAAGAAGAAGAAGAAGAAGGAGACGACGUUGACGACGACGUAGCGACAGCGCUCGCGUGCAGCUGCGAGCGCCACGUGCUGCAGUGUCUCGUGCAGACUGAGCGCCGGUCCGCGAGCGAGUUGGACGCGGCCGAGCACUUGUCCCGUUUGCGUCAGGCAAAAUGGCGCGAGCGGUUCGCGGCGCGUGAUUGGUCGUCUCCGCGCGUGUGUCAAAAAUGGCGAGCCAAUCACAAGCGGUUUCUCACGUCCGCAUUGGACACCACUCUUGACGCGGCAGCCGAGUCGUCGAAAAUGCCGGCCCAAGUGGUCAAAAACGCAUUCUCGGCGUUCACGACCGCGGCCGAGCUCCUGUUGCAAUCGCGCCAGCUGGACGCCAUGCUGAAAGCCGGUGUGCCGCCGCACUUGCGGGGACCGGUCUGGUGGGUGUGCAGCGGAGCGGCCGAGCUGCGCCACGCCGCCGCCGAGUCGUACCCGUCGCUUUUGCACCGUCUGCAUACAUUGACCAAGUGCGCCGAGAUGGACAUUGAGAAGGACUUGCCGCGGACGUUUCCACUGGCGCUGAGCGAGUCGAUGAACGCGUCGCAAGAAGGAGCAGAAGCGGACCCGUUUGGCGAACUGCGACGGGUCUUGCAGGCCUAUUCGCUCCGGAAUCCGACCGUGGGCUAUUGCCAGAGCAUGAACUUCUUGGCAGCUGUGCUGCUGCAACAGAUGGGCGAAGAAGAGGCGUUUUGGGUGCUCGCUGCGAUUGUCGAGGAGCUGACGCCGCAGUAUCACACACUGACGAUGACUGGCAGUCGGGCCGACCAGCGCGUGUUUUCGGACCUCGUGACGCAGAAGCUGCCGGUGCUUGCGGGUCACUUGCAGACGCUCGGUGUGGACUUUGAGCCGUUUACGCUCAAGUGGUUCUUGUGUCUGUUUCUGAACACGCUGCCGUUUGAGCCCGUGAUGCGGAUUUGGGACGUGUUUUUUUGCGAAGGCAGUCACGUGCUCCUGCGCGUGGGCCUUGUGCUCUUGAAGCUGAAUCAACCGCGGAUUAUGGCAUGCCACGAUGCUUUGGACGUGUAUGAGAUGUUCAAGCUCUCGCACGAAACGCUGCAGGAAUUGACAGCACCGUAUCGGUCUGGACUGCUCAAUCGGGACGAAUGCGUUUGCGAUACGCUCCUUCGCCUUGCAAUGGAUAAGUCGUUCAUCGGAACGAUUCCGUUCGAUUCAUUGCAUGAGUUGCGUCAGUAUUACUGCCACGAGAUUGAAGCGGAAUUGAAGGAAGCUGAAGCACAACGAAUGGCGCGCCGACGUGCUGCUGAGGUACAGGCGUUAGCCAAAGCAAAUGCGCAGAUCGAAGCGCGAGAAAAGGGUGUCAAGAGCGACAGUGACGAGCCGUCAACAAGCUGCAGUGCUCACGAGGGCAUGGAAGAUCGUGCGCUGAUGAUGGAGUACGACUUUGUGGACGACUAUCCGUGCAGCUACGGCUCGGAUGUGUCGUCGGCGCGCCACAUUCGGUUUCUGGAUCUGUACGAUAGCGACGACUCGACUGCCGACUAUUUUGUGGACGUCAUGUACGAUUUUUCCUUGCAGCACCACUGCCGCUGA